CUGUACUGGCGUGUUCGUGGAGACUGGGAACUCGGCCACCAUGCACUUAAUUGUUUAGUACAACUAGCCUCUCUUAACGGAGCUGUUCUCAUCAAUAGACAAGUGCGAAUAAAGUACCUUACACAAUAUUUACAAUGUCUUUUCUCCCUUCUCUCAAGCACUCAGAUUAAUGAAUUGGAAGCCUUAGGGAUCAGCAAUAUCUUCCGAAAACUAUUGCUGUUCUUCCCACCGUCAGUUUUAGUGGCUUUACCAGAGGAGAUGCUUCGCCAACUUGUAGAGAACCUGACAGCGUUGACCUGCAAGUUUGCUCAAGGUGCUGCACAGGAAGAAAUGGUGGAUCAUGAAGACCAACUCUAUAUGGAAGCCUUUGAACAAAUGCUGCAGUCCUGGGCUUGUAUCUUGCAAGAAGGUAGUAGUUGUAACAGUUCUCAGGUCAAACAGAGUGCCACUCUUAUAUUUGAUACAUACCUCAAGUGUCAUUUAGCACCUCCUGAAGGCUCACGAGUACCGAUUGAUGCUGAUGAAAUCUCAGAAACUGUUCAAGCUGACAGAGUAGCCUUUAAGGAACAGUUAGUGUUGAUUGGACUUUGUGGGAGACAGGCUCCGGAACACAGUGUACCUUUGUUGACACAGUUAUUGGAAGAUCGUAUUAGCCGUAUGCGAACGCAGCUCACUCACAUUCUAAGCAACAACCUUACUAUAGCUGAAAAUUCUCAGCUGGACCAACUUUAUGAAGACAUUCAUUGGCUUCUUCUUAUAGCAGGUUAGCAUCAUUACACAAUGGAUAAUGAAGGAGAAACACUCAUUUACCGGCCAGAAAUGGUUACUUACAGUAUCAAUGCUGCUGCAACUGUCAACUUAGAAGCUACAACUCCGACUCUUACAGCACCUGCACAGAUGCCAGAUGUGCCAAAUAGUCUGGCAGCAGAUCCCCUUAUUAGGUUAAUGAGCACUGUGAAUGCGGCUAUGUUUGUGGAGACAGGAAUCCCAGGCACUAAAGCAAAUUUUAGGUCAUUUCUAAGUCCAGAAGUUUCGUCAUCAUUAAUGUGGUUUCUUAGACGGUUCUGCCUUUCCUAUCUUCUUCCAAAUGAAUCAUUCUACACAGAGCUGAGUGUAGCAUUGACGUCAGCAUUUGGGCGUGAUUCAGAGGGAGCAGCUUGGACUCUCAACUACUUACUGUCUGUUGUAGAACAGACAUUGAGACUUCGCAGUUCUGAACCUGGUCUAGUCGAAGAUACAGUUAAUCUCUUGGUUACAAUGGUUGAUAGUAAGGAGAGAGGACAGCAUCUUGUGAAGACUGAGGGUCUCAUGGAAUUAGUAAAACUUCAGCAGAGCGGAACUCUCAGUGCACUUUCUUCACUUGCUCAAAGAGGUCUUAUGCAGGGUUUAGUUAUGUGUGCAGCUGCACUUGGAGAUACAGAUGCACGUACACAAUUCUGGACACAUGUACUGGACCCUCCAGUGACGUCAUUCAAGCAGUUAAUGUCAACUGAAACUUUUACAAAGCAAUAUCAACAAGAAGAUAUGAAAAAGCAAAUCCUCUACCAUAUUGACAACUUCAUAGGUGGUGUGCAAGGAUGUUUAAUGCCUACUGCUCAGUGUCUGUUUACACGUUUAGUUGGUAUUCUUGGAGACAGUGUUCGACUUCUUGACUUAUAUCACAACUACCCAACUGUGGUCGAGACUGUGCUGGAGCUUUUUGUAGAGUGUGGUCGACGGAUGUUAUGUUACCUCACACCGAGUGCAAGCAAGCAGUUGUAUGAAGCAUCAGUACAUUUGGUUGGUACUUACGCCAAGCACAACAUAGGACGAAGAACGCUGGAAUCCCGUGGUGAAGAAGACCAGUGGAGAGAUCUUCAAUUGCUCAUGGAACUUCUUACAUCACUUCUCUCAAAGGAUUUCAUUGACCUUGCCCCAUCUGGUCAUGGUGAAGAUCAAGAAGUUGUAGCUGCUGCUGAUGUUUGCUUAUUUGGCCUCAAUAUAAUUAUGCCUCUUAUGUCCCGUGAGCUUCUGCGAUUACCAGCACUUUGCUCACAUUACUUUAAGAUGGUCACCUUUAUUGCUGAGAUAUAUCCCAGUAAAGUGUGCCAACUACCGGAGGAUCUCAUGAAGAAUUUGCUGGCAUCUAUAGAAUUAGGUUUAACAAGCUUUGGAGCUGAUGUUGGAACACUCUCCUUUGAUUUCUUGGUUGUUUUGGGCUCCUACAUCCAUAAGAAUUGUGGUCCUGAAUUACCAGCAAGACUAGGUCUUAGACCAUUUUUAAAGCUCGUACUUGACCUGAUAUUGUCACAACAAAUAAACUCCGACUUACUACAGUCAGCGUCUGCAGCGCUUUAUACACUCAUAUGUUGUUUCCAGGCUGAGUAUCAAGAGCUGGUGCAAUCUUUACUUCACAGUCAGACUGACCAGACAACAGGGCAGCGUUUGGCAGAAUCUUUUACUCAGUUGACUACUAAUGUUGAGCUUACUGCUGACCGCAUGAACCGUGUCAAGUUCAGGGAUAACUUUGAAAGAUUCAUUGCUAAUGUUAGAGGCUUUCUUUUCGUUAAAUAAAAUGCACACUAAAUUUCAUUUAGGAGACUUGUAAAUAUUCUUAAUAAAUUAUGAAAGUUCAUGACUUAGGUAAGUUCAUGGAAUAUUAAAUUUUAUUUUAUUUACAAAAAAUGAAUCUCUUUGUUGUUUUUUAAUUCAGAAUUUUCAGGAGCUGUGAUGUACCACAAGUAAACAGUGUAAUGAUGAGCUUCACAAAUAUGUAUAUAGAAUAGAGGGACUAGAAGUAGUCACAUGUGGUACUACUAUUGUUAAGGAGAUUAAGAGCCUCUUGAGGCUCACAUACCUAAAUGAAAGUCCAAUCAUAUGCUCCCUUCUGAUGUAUGAAAGGUUUUCCAGGUGUCAUUAACCCUUAUACAACUAGCCCACAAAUUGGCAGUAGAGAAUAGACAGUGUUGCAAUCAGUCUUGCACUGUUAUCAGAUUACAAGUGAAAAGAGAGAGAGAGAGAGAAAGCCAGAUGCUAGGUCAGGACAAGUUACUCGUGCUUGCUACACGAUGCACUCCAACAUUGUCCAGUUUCUAGUGCCAGUUUGGAGGCCAGUUAGGCAGUGUUCCAGCCACACUGUUGUGACUUUUGUCUGUGUUCCUUGUCAACAUUGUCUAGAAAUUAAUGCUGCAAGAAAGCUGAAUCAACUGAUGAAAAACAUAAGGCUACUGUACUCUCACUUUAUAAAACAUGAAGAAACACACACACACACACACACACACACACACACACACACACACACACACACACACACACACAC